GCCGCCGGCGCGGGGAGGUCCCCGCCGUUAAGUUGCGGGCCUGGGCGCGAGGACACGCGCGCGGCAGGACACACGGGCGGGCCGGAGAGGCAAAGCGGGACCCACGCGAGGUGAAGCUGAGAAAACACCACGAGAUACUUGCAGAACCCUGCAGCACUAGCACCACUGCACCUGAGAGAACCAGGCCCAUCUGACAGAACCCAACUGAAGGUCACAGGGACACGACUGACAUCUCCACCGCCAUGAGCCUGUGUCCUGUGAAGAGCCACACCCCAACGGGCGCGGCUGCCCCCGAAACGGCAGCUCCUAGGCUCGUCACCAUCAACGUGGGCGGCUGCCGCGUGCGCCUGGCCUGGUCGGCACUUGUGCGGUGUCCCCUGGGCCGCCUGGCCCGACUGCGCGCCUGCCGGGACCAAGCUGAGCUGCUGCAGGUGUGCGACGACUACGAUGCCGGCCGUGACGAGUUCUUCUUCGACCGCAACGCCUGUGCCUUCCGCGCCCUUGCGGCGCUAUUGCAUGCCGACAAGCCGCGACUGAGGCGCUGGCCGUGCACACUGGCCUUCCGCGAUGAGCUGGCCUACUGGGACAUCGACCCGGGGCGCCUGGAGCGCUACUGCCAGGGCGAGCAGGAGCCUGCCAAGGAGCACGACAGGAACAUCCCGGGAGCGCAUGCAGAGGGGAGCCAGGGCGCGCCAGGGCCCAGCUCAGGGUGGCGAAUGCCCGGCCCGUGGCACCUGCUGGAUGUCGUGGACAACCCGCACGCAGGUCUCGCGGGGAAGCUCUUCGCCUGCGUGUCCAUCGCCUUCGUGGCCAUCAUGGCCGUCGGCCUCUGCAUGAGUACCAUGCCAGACAUGCGCGCCGAGGAGGAACGGGGCGAGUGCUCCCGCAAGUGCCGCCGCCUGUUCGUGCUGGAGACGGCGUGCGUGGCCUGGUUCUCGCUGGAGCUCCUGCUGCGCUCGCUGCGGGCCGAGAGCAAGUGCGCCUUCCUGCGGGCGCCGCUCACCGUCCUGGACGCGCUGGCGCUGCUGCCCUUCUACGCGUCGCUGCUGGCGGGGCUGGCGGCGGGCGCGGGCGGGCGGCGGCUGCUGGAGCGCGCGGGGCUGGUGCUGCGGCUGGGCCGCGCGCUGCGAGUGCUCUACGUGCUGCGCCUGGCGCGCCACUCGCUGGGGCUGCGCUCGCUCGGCCUGACGGCGCGGCGCUCGGCGCGGGAGCUCGGCCAGCUGCUGCUCUUCCUCGGCGUGGCGGUGGCCGUGGCCGCGCCGCUGGUGCACCUGGCCGAGCGCGAGCUGGGCGCGCGCCGCGAGUUCUCCAGCGUGCCCGCCAGCUACUGGUGGGCCGUCAUCUCCAUGACCACGGUGGGCUACGGCGACAUGGUGCCGCGCAGCCUGCCCGGCCAGGUCGUGGCUUUCGGCAGCGUCCUCAGCGGCAUCCUGCUCAUGGCCUUCCCGGUCACCUCCAUCUUCCACACCUUCUCGCGCUCCUACGCCGAGCUCAAGCUGCAGCAGCAGCAACAGCAGCAGCAGCAGCAGCCACGGCGGCGGGAAGAUAGCGCGGGCCUGGCCGAGGGUGGCGCGCGACCCACCUGA